UACACAUCCGGUACGUCCUGUGCCUGUCUAGUCUCAUAUUUUAUAUCAAAAAUUGAAAAAACUACAAGUCACAGAUCAUUAAUAUAAUUAUUAAACGAGAUGGCUGACGUAGCAGCACCUAAGCCUAAAACAAAGGCACCCAAGAAGCCUAAAGAGAAACCAGCAGAGCCUGUUCCUCUUAAGAAGAGGCCCUUCAAGAGGCAUGGACGUCUUUACGCCAAAGCCAUCUUCACUGGAUACAAGCGUGGCCUUCGUAACCAGCACGAGCACACAGCUCUUCUUAAAGUAGAAGGAGCAAGGGAGAAGAGAGAUGCUGAUUUUUAUAUUGGCAAACGAUGCGUUUAUGUCUAUAAGGCAAAGAACAAGACCCCUGUUCCUGGCAAAACCAGCAAGAAGACAAAAGUCAGGGCUAUCUGGGGCAAAGUAACUCGUCCUCAUGGAACAAGUGGUUCUGUCCGUGCCAAGUUCAAGAGGAAUUUACCUGCUAAGGCUAUGGGCCAUCGUAUCAGGAUUAUGCUGUACCCGAGCCGCGUGUAAAACUAUCCCGUACAAUAUAAGAAAAUAAAUGCCAUUUUGGUACCAAA